UCUCCUUCUCCUUCUCUCUCUCUCCAGGUCCCCCUUCCCUUCUCUCUCUCGCGCGAAGAAAAUGGUGAUGCCAUUUUCAAGCCCUUACCAGAUUGAUCAUCUCCCAUAAAUAUCUUCUUGGUAUAGCGUUGUGGGUCGCUCUAUUUUUUUGGGUUUUCUUUCCUCCGUUUUCUUGGUCUCUUGAAGGUUGCUUAGCUUGUAUAUGGGGGCUGGGUUUUCUGAUUUUGGUAGAGAGAGUAUUGAAGCUCCUUCAAAGCCUGGUCUUGGAGAGAUACCUGAGAGCUGUGUUGCUUUAAUUCUAACAUGUUUAGACGCUCCUGAGAUUUGUAGAUUGGCGGUUUUGAAUAGGGUUUUUCAUCGGGCUUCCUCAGCUGAUUUUGUUUGGGAAUCAAAGUUGCCGGAAAAUUAUCGAGUACUUGUGAAGAAACUGCUUGAUGAAAGUCCUGAGAGUCUAGCUAAGAAAGAACUUUAUGCUAAGCUGUGCCGUCCCAAUCGCUUUGAUGGUGGCUCUAAGGAGGUUUGGUUGGAGAAAGGUAGAGGAGGGUUGUGUGUUUCUAUUUCUUGGAAGGGUAUGAAAAUAACGGGUAUAGAUGAUCGGAGGUACUGGAAUCAUAUCCCAACCGAUGAAUCCAGAUUCCACACAGUUGCAUAUCUUCAACAGAUAUGGUGGCUAGAAGUAGAUGGAAACCUAGAAUUCGAAUUCCCAGCAGGGAAUUACAGCCUCUUCUUCCGGCUACACCUCGGAAAGCCCUCAAAAAGGCUCGGCCGACCGGUCUGUAAUCUCGAGCGAGUCCAUGGCUGGAGCAUAAAACCUGUCCGGUUCCAUCUAUCCACAUCCAACGGUCAGCAUGCCAUAUCACAGUGUUACCUGAACGAACCAGGGAGGUGGAUCAAUCACCAUGUCGGAGAUUUCUUCGUCGAGGACUCGAACAUUCCGAUGAAGAUUAAGUUCUCGAUGACCCAGAUUGAUUGCACCCACACAAAAGGUGGUCUUUGCUUAGAUUCUGUGUUUAUAUACCCCAUUGCAUAUCUUCAACAGAUAUGGUGGCUAGAAGUAGAUGGAAACCUAGAAUUCGAAUUCCCAGCAGGGAAUUACAGCCUCUUCUUCCGGCUACACCUCGGAAAGCCCUCAAAAAGGCUCGGCCGACCGGUCUGUAAUCUCGAGCGAGUCCAUGGCUGGAGCAUAAAACCUGUCCGGUUCCAUCUAUCCACAUCCAACGGUCAGCAUGCCAUAUCACAGUGUUACCUGAACGAACCAGGGAGGUGGAUCAAUCACCAUGUCGGAGAUUUCUUCGUCGAGGACUCGAACAUUCCGAUGAAGAUUAAGUUCUCGAUGACCCAGAUUGAUUGCACCCACACAAAAGGUGGUCUUUGCUUAGAUUCUGUGUUUAUAUACCCCAGUGAGUUUGGAGAGAGGUUGAAGCAGUUUUCAAUAUGCAGAUAACCUUUUUGUAGUCAAUAAUUGGCCAGUUUGAUUAUAUUUUUAUGGUCCACUAUCAGUAGUUUUUGAAGCAAAGCAAUUUGCUUUUCAUUUGUAAUUGUUUUUACUCCUUCAUGUUCUGCUAACAUAUUUGUCUGAGCAAUACAAAUUUUAUGUUAUGUAG